AUCAGAGAGUAUGCCUUGAUCCUACGGUUGCUGAUUGAUCAUUAACUCGGGAACGAGGUGUAUAUGUCUAAAACUGACCGCGGAGUAACAUUACUAUAAUACUGAAAAUACUAGUAUUACGAUUCUAGGGUUUUGCCAGGGUACAGACAAUCAGACAUCUGAGGAAAUUUAAUGUAAAACUCGGAUUUUAAUCAGUGAAAAUGGAAAAUCCAGAUUCAAAAUCCACCAAAUCCCCACCACCGCAACAAGAACCAGAGCUUAAAAAGCCUAAAAUGUCCACCACCACUUCCGACGAUGAAGAAACUGUCACGACAGCACCCGGCGAUACCACGACGAUCAAAAAGCAAAGAUACAAGCGCCGCAAAAUUGCGAUUUUCUUCGCGUACUGCGGCGUGGGCUACCAGGGAAUGCAGAAGAAUCCAGGGGCCAAAACUAUCGAAGGUGACCUCGAAGAAGCUCUAUUUCACUCUGGUGCCGUCCCAGAACAGGACCGUGGCAACUCCAAGCGGUAUGACUGGGCUCGCUCGGCUCGUACUGAUAAGGGCGUGAGUGCCGUGGGACAGGUGGUCUCCGGACGCUUCUACAUCGACCCACCUGGGCUGGUUGAACGCUUAAAUUCGAAUCUUUCGUCGCAGAUUAGGAUCUUCGGGUACAAGCGAGUGACGGCGUCGUUUAAUGCCAAGAAGUUUUGUGAUCGUAGAAGGUAUGUCUAUCUGAUUCCUGUUUUUGCUCUUGAUCCAUGUUCGCAUCCUGAUAGGGAGAGCGUAUUGGCUAGUUUGGGGUCUGAUAACGAGCUUGUUAAGUGUUUCGAGUGUUCAGAGAGAGGGCGUAAGGUAGUUGGCGCGGUGGGUAAACGGAGUUUUGAAUCAAAAUCCGUGGUUUCUCAAACAGACAUUUCACUGAAUGAUGGUGAUUAUGCUGUGAAACCUGAAGUUAUUGAGGAUAUUAGGAUGCCUGCGGAUAAUGCUGAUUGUGAUAAUACAAAUGCUGAACUCGUUAAGGAAGCUGAGGUCCCUCGAAAUGAGGAUACUGAAACACGACCUGCAAUACCUGAAUCUGCCAUUUUGUCUAACGAUGUAGAUGCUAAUAAUGAGCCUGAUGGUAAAGAGGAGAUUAUGGAGUCUGUGGAACAUACCAGUGAUGCGGAUACAAAACCAGAAACCAUAGAGAGAGAUCAGAAGGUUGUUAUCAGUGAAGAGAAAGUUAAUGGAGGCAAGCAAGUUACUAUAGGAAGUGAGUUUUGUUAUGGAGAGAAGGAAAAGGAGAGAUUCAAUCGAAUAUUGAAGUAUUACGUGGGGAGUCACAAUUUUCAUAAUUUUACAACAAGAACCAAGGCUGAAGAUCCUUCUGCCAGGCGGUACAUUAUUUCCUUUGAUGCAAAGACCACAGUUACUGUUGAUGGCAUUGAAUUCGUCAAGUGUGAAGUUGUAGGGCAGAGUUUCAUGCUUCAUCAGAUUAGGAAAAUGAUUGGUCUUGCUGUGGCAAUUGUGAGGAAUUGUGCCCCCGAGUCAUUGAUAUCAACUGCAUUACAAAAGGAUGUGAGCAUUAAUGUGCCUACAGCUCCUGAGGUUGGGUUAUACUUGGAUGAGUGCCUCUUCGCGUCCUAUAACCAGAAAUGGAAAGACAGCCAUGAAGAACUCUCAAUGAAAGAUUAUGAAGAAGUGGCAGAGGACUUCAAGAUGAAGCAUAUAUACUCUCAUGUUGCGUCAACAGAACACAAGGAAGGAGCGGUGGCCCUAUGGUUGCAUUCUCUGAACCACAGAAACUAUCCCGAUCUGCGUGUUAGCAAUUGUGCAGAUACCAAUGCUGAGAAAAGUGCUGAAGUGAACUUGGCGAAGGAAAUGUAGAACACUAUCACUUGUCUUACUGCUAUUAUUAUGGUCUUUUGACCUGGUUAUUCCAUCAAUAGAAACUUUUAUUUGCUCUCCA